UUGGCACAAAACCAUUCCGAACGAGCGUUGCUGUGUUGAAUGACAUGUGCUUGUACGUCAAGUGCAGAGGAUUCGUCACUCAAAGGCUUGAUAAAGCGCGUACAGAAAUUGGAGGCAGGAUUCAUCAGCAUGGGACAAGAACUGAGCAUGUUGCGGCAAUGGGCAUCUGGAAACUGCAACCUGGAUUACUUCAAAGACCCUUGUGUUGUCCCACGUUUGGAUCCGGUGAACAAAACGGACGGUGAAAUAACAGAUGCUUUGGGACAUGCCUUGGAUCCAGGGCUUUUGCUCCCGAUGGUACAGUUUUCAGGGCUGCCUUGUGUUUUCGCACUCGAGAGGACAUCCCCACAGGUGUUUGCAGCCCUCUCACGCCUGAUUGAGCCCAUCAAAGCCAGUUUCAUGAAACUCUACGUGUGUGGUGGGUGCCAAAGAAGCACCAGCCUAGUCAGAGGAAGUACGACAGUGCACCCUGAAAACAUGAGCAACACAGUGGAACGCUUGGACUUGGGGAGACAAAUAGAUUCCAUCGCGCUACCGAAUUUGUGGGAGGCAGUUGCUCCGAUGCCUGAACAGAGGUCUGAUGCCACCAUCAUGGUGUUGCGUGGAUAUCUCUACGUCUGCGGCGGUCAGGAUGGCUCGGGGGUGUUGACGAGUGCAGCUCGCUUUGAUCCCUGUGGGAUGGAAUGGGAGGUGUUGCCAUCCAUGGCAGAAGGUCGACGAGAGGCCGCAGGUGCUGCGCUCAACAGCUGCGUAUACGUCUGUGGCGGUGCCAAUACCAGCAGUCCUUUGAAUUCCGCCGAACGCUUCAAUCCCUUGCACAACGCUUGGGAGACGCUGCCGCCAAUGCUCCGGCAGCGUUCAGGUGCUGUCAGCGCCGUCCUUGGCGGAUACCUUUGUGUGGCCGGUGGUGGUGAUGGGCAGCAGCCCUUGAGUCCUGGGGCCCAGUGGAUCCCAGUGGAUCCCAGUGGGCUCUGA